UUUUACGCGAAAAACAAAGGUUAUGUUUUUUCUUCUAAACAAAUUCAACCAUGUCGUAUUUGUUUGUAAUUGAACAAAUGCGCUACGAUAUUCGAAAAACAUACGUAACUAUACACAUUUUAAAACAAGGAGGAUGUGUCUAUCAUCUUAGCCAACGUAACCCAUAAUUUUUUGCAUAAAAAUAACAUUUAUGUUCCGGAAUGGUUUGCGAUCCAUAUCGGCAAGGUAAACUAGUGUAUUUUGCUGUAAAAUGCCCUUUGACCUAACCCUGUAUAUUGCAAUGAAGUGGUAGUGAUGGCCGGAAAACAGGUGUUUUGGGAUAAGCAAUUGAAAAUUCCCAAAAACUGCUUGACCAAUCUACUUCUUCUUUGUUGUGCUAUGUAGAAGUACGAAUCCAACGAUUUGAAGAAGUAUCUGCGAGACACCAUCUUCGCAUUACCAACAAGUGCCAAAACCUGCAGUUUGCCUCCGCUUUCGGCCAUAAUUAUUUUGCUAUUAGUCGGACCUGUUAACGUGUGGUCUCAUUUUGUAGGUUUAAAAUAAAUACCUGACAAUCGUAUAUGAAGAGUUUUUCAGUUCCUGCCAACACUUUCGUUUGAGUCUCAAAAAACACGUUUUCUCAUCCUUUGUUGUCGAAUAAAAAGUUUUCCCACAACAAUUGGUGUACCCAUUUUGUGCGUCCAUGUUUUGAAUACCCCCUUGAACAACUGACACAAAAACAGACUUUACAAUUAUUUUGCAAACCAGCGGUAUUUUCGUCUAAUUUGAUUAAACUAGACAGUUUUUUUUCUUAAAUACUGACUCAACUUACUUGACUUAUUUUCUCAUAAACAACUGUGGUCUGGUAAGCUAAAUCAUACGAGUUAAUUCCUACUGGUUUUUGGCUUGUUCAAUAAAUAGUUAAAAUGGACAUCAGUAAACUUAUAAACAUUUUACAUAAAUCGGCAUAAUAUUUAAGUAGAUCACGGCCCUAUUCAUUUUCUCAGUGCAUUGUUAUCGCAAGUAGUUCCAAAUGGUUUACAAACGAGGUAUAUUAAGCUGUGUUUCAGCACUCCAGAGCACUGCUUGCAGAUACUGUUUCCAGUCUUCUGUUGAUAAAAGUUCGAAACAGUUUUAAACCUAACAAUAUGAUUACUGGAUAUACGUAUUUAGUAGUACUGCUAAUGAGCAGUUCGGUUUAUUCAGGUCUGUUCUACGAUUAUAGUGACGAUGACAGCUCGGAGCGACAUCGAGGACCUAGAGGACCUCCAGGACCUCAAGGACCACCUGGACCACCUGGACCACCAGGUCCACCAGGUCCUUCAAGCGCAACCUUUGCGUCCAGUGCCGCUCAUCAUCCAGUCAUAGUGGUGCAACCACAGGCUGAAGCAAAACCUGGCAUUCCUGGCGUUCCUGGAAUACCUGGCAGUGCUCUGCCGGGAAUGCCAGGCGUUCCAGGUUUUCCAGGAAUUAAAGGGGAAAAAGGAGACCCAGCUUUUGUUCCAGCUCUAGCAACCGGAUAGCUGAACGAUUUUGGCGAUAAGGAUAGACACAUGUAUAUACAAAUAUUUCUCAAGAAAAUUCAUAUUAAUAUCUAAUUUUUUUAUUUGUCCCCGUUUAUGCUUAUUUUACCCUUUGAACCACCCGAAUCGAUAACCCCGGGGGAGAUGGGACUAUAAAAGCACAACGUUGUUGCUGGAUUUCUUAUUCGGUCAAUACUUCAUUCAGAUCUAAAAAUCUUCAUUGGGACAUCUCCAGGACAUCAUACCUAUGUAUCAAAAUCUACCAGACUGGAGAUGUGAGAAUGCCUGUUAAAGCAAAUCCAAAAUGAAUCGCAAACGUUGUACUAGCGCAUUUCCAGAAGGAAAAGUUGAAUAUAGAAGUUAUAGGAUCAAAUAUAAAGUAUUUCGUGUAAUAUUUUUUACUCAAAAGGUGCUAUCCAAUAAAGUUGGAUUUUUCAAAUAUAUACGAGAG